GAAAAAGUACCAAGUAUCCUACUACUAUUUAACAUUGGUAUUUUUAUGGCAAAAGUGUAUAGUAUAAGCAUAAAUAAUAUCCCACCAAGCGUCAUAGGCAUAAAUAUUUCGGGCUCGAAGCGAAUUAACUCGCUGGUAAAUUGUAAAUGAGACGGGAUUGAUAAUUAAUAAACAACAUAUAUGAGUUGAUUAUGCAAAUCGUUUAGGACAUUAUGGAUAAUCAAUCUCGACGUUGCAGUAUCUAUAACGAACACCAAAAUUUUGCAAUCGACUUCUCUCGAUUUCGAAAACAUUUUUUCGCCAAACGUCAAUGCGCGAAGUAUAAAAGAUGCCCACAUUUUACGAUCAGUGAACAUUCGCCCACGUUGCCGUCGCGUUGCUUCGCUUUUGGGAUACGAUGGUAGUAGCGAUGGUUACUGUUGGAACAAACAACAUCCAAUACAACUACACUACAUGGCAAGUAGUAGAAGAAUAUUUACCCAAACAGUUACUCAUGGAUUAUAGAGAAACAUUCAAAUGUUUUGAUCCGAGGAAAACUGGUGUUCUUCGUAUUGAGGACGUUGUUCUAAUACUCAGAAAGAUUGGAUAUAAAGUUACCGUCCGCGAUCUUGAUCACGUUCUUCGAAACAUCAUUGGUGCCGACUGCCGAAAAACAGUCAGUGUUGUAGAUUUUCAAGAAUUCAUCGCUCUCAUGUCAGUUGUUGUCACGAACUGCAUUGCCGAAGAUGAAAUGCAUCUCGUAUUUCGACAGUUCGAUAUGGAUGGAGACGGAUACAUUACGGCCGAUGAACUUCGGAACAUGCUUUCCCGACUCGGAGAUGACAUAACAGAUGAUGAAUUAUUGAAAAUGAUUAAAGCAGCUGAUAUGGAUGGAGAUGGAAAAGUGAGCUACCAGGAGUUUGUUCGUGUAAUGACUAAUUCUGGUGGCAGCUCCUCUGAUUCUUAUAAGUGUAACUCUCCCACGCAAAGCACUGAAAGGUUGUCAGAAAAAGAUGAAAACAUGGAGAAUGUAUUCGAGGAUUUACCUGAUUUACAGAAAGAACCAACUCGUUGUUGUUCCGCACAAAACGACCAACCGACUUCAACUCAAUAUCAACAAUUCGAGUUUCGCCAUGUGAAGCACAGAAGAUCGUGGUUUUCGAGACUUUCUCUAAGUAAAAAAUCCACAAACGAUAAAAAGAAACUAGAAGGCCGACUCAGUUGUCCAGCGUUUUUAAACUCCCCUGCUACCGAAAUGUUUAGCGGUGAAAGGCGCGUUGAAAUGGAGAAAACUCUGAGCUCUUCUCAUGGUGGUUCUUCCUUUCGUUUGAGCGGAUUUCGGAGAAAAAACAAAAAGUUGUCUCGCUAAUAUUUAUUAUUGCUAUUUUACAAUGGAAUCAAAUUGCUUUUACACUGUGUUUUAUACUUAU